AAAUGUUCCCCAGGUUAUUUCCCAGAUUAAUACUAGAUCUAGCAAUCAAAUUUAUACCCCUUUAUAUAUAGUUAUAUUAUUGGCAGUCUAUAAAUUUUAGCUAGUAUUUAUAAAGAGAUGGCUACUCUCUCAGUAGAAGUUUUUAUUACACUGCUAUGCUUUGCUCAUGUGAGCAUUGCUGUAGAUCUGACUUUACAGGAAGGUGCCGUUGGUCCUUUUGUUGUUCAAGCUACUAUUGCAAAGUUGGAUAAUGCUUUUCCUAACGGUGACAGUCAAUUUUGGGAUAUUACACAGAGCAUCUUCAUGCGUACCUUGGCAUAUGUGGAGUCUGAAGAUGGUACAUUGAGUGCUUCAGGAAAUCAGCAACAAUCCAGGAUGGGGAUUUGGAGAGUUGAUAUCAAUAGGCUUAUUUCAACAAAGAACAUAAUUCAAAGUCUUGACAGAGGAAUUAUAAUCAGGAACGAGAUUAAUAUGAGGGGAAUUGCAGAUUGGGAAAGUAUUUUUAAUCGUGAAAACAUGAAUAUCCCACUUUAUUCUUGCAUGGCUGCUCGUUUAUUCUUAUUGUUCACAAGUGAUAUUCGAACUUCAACUACUGAUGAAUGCAGCCCUACACUUAUUCCAAAUUUAGCUUCAAGUGAUAUUGUUAUUGAAUCAGCAGCAAGCUAUUGGUACUUUUGUUACAGACAGGAAGAUUUUACCAUAAGUCAGGAUCAUUUUGUAACACAGUAUGAACAGCUACUCUUGAGGGCUGAGAAUGGGAUAGACUGCAAUGUGAACACUGACUUAGCCUUUGUGUUGGACUCCUCAGGAAGCAUUGGCUUUGAGAAUUGGGAGCUGGUAAGGCAAUACGUUAUGAAUGUGGUGAAUUUAGUCGGUGUUAGUGAAGGAGAUAGAGUAGCUAUCAUCAGAUAUUCAACUAACAGUUUUGUGGACAUUAGUUUGGAUUCCAAUCAAAAUCUGCUGUUAUCGGUGAUAGCGAGUAUGCAACAUCUUGAUCGAGGAACAAACACUGCUGAAGCUUUGCUAGAGCUUCCAGAUCAACCAUGGCGACAGAAUGCCCUACGAAUUGCGAUUGUGAUGACGGAUGGGCUCUCUAACGAUAAAAAUGCUACCCUACACGCAGUCAAACAAGUACGUCGAGAUAUCCGAAUGCCUUCCUUAAUAACUUUUGUUGUUGGAGUUGCCGAUUAUGAUCGCACAGAAGUACUUGCAAUUGCUUCAUCGAACAGUACGGUCAGCGAUCUUGACAGUUUCAACACAGAAGAUCUAACGGAUACUUUGGAACGACAAACUCACCAAAUUUGCUACUCAGCUUCAUCAAUGGUUGAGGUGGGUGAUAAUAACAUCCUUAAGUACGGAGAAUUCUUGCAGUCUACCACUGUUCGACUUACAUAUCAACUUCCCGAAGGUGAUGGCCUAACAAUCAGAUUGUGUGUCGAGGAUGGACAAGCACGCCUUUAUGGCUCAUUCUCGAUACCAAAUCCGAACAGAGCAUUUUAUGACUUUGUUUUGGAUGCCAUUACACAUGGGCAAAUGUGUGAGGACGUUUAUAUCGUUGCUCCUACUGCUGAUGUCACUGGUGGUGGCAGAAAGAGACGGCAAGUGGCACCGGUGCGAAUGGUAUUUGUGGCAAUUGAAGGAGUUGCUAACAAUAGUACUUUUUCCCUGGAAUCAGAUUCUGGAAACACUGUUCAGUAUUCGGUAACAUGCGCACAGAAUCCGUGUGGUAGAAAUACAAUCUGUACAAAUACGACAACAGGCAGGUACUCCUGUGAUUGUGUGCCAGGAUUCAUCUUUGGACCCGAUGCUACUAAUUGUCAAGAUAUCAAUGAGUGUGAGCUCCUGAGUUUGCCCUGUAAUCCGUUUGCUUCCUGCUCCAACACGAUUGGAAGUGUUGAAUGCACGUGUCUACCUGGGUACUCAGGGAAUGGUUUCAAGUGCAUCAUUGAGCAAAACACUGAGCUGCGACUGAUAGUGUCGGUGGUGUCUAGUGUGGCAGGAGGGAUUUUAUUAUUAUUGGUAGUGGUAGCUGCCAUCAUCAGUAUUUACUUGGUACUGGUUACCAACAAAAAGAGUAAAGUCCAUAAAAGGGAUGAUCGUUGUCUCCCAGCAAAUCCUAACUCAGGUGAUAGUACAACAGGCCUAUCUUCUGUUGAUACCCUUUAUUAAAUAUAUAUUUAAUUAUAGCACGUACACUGAACUAUAGUGUAUUAUAUAGGUACGUACCUUUAAUUUUAUGUCAUUAAUUUUUUUGCCUUGCGGUUAAAAAUGUUAUUACAAUCAGGA